UACCUCGUUCUGCAUCCAGCUUCUUGGCGUGAAGAGGAAAGAUACAGACAGCGAGAUUUGUCGCUCGCGCUCGUGCUCGCAGCUCUGUUUGAAAUAACGCGGAUUACAUUGAACACUGCAGUCACUCGACAAAAGUAUGCAAAUCAUUCAAGAUACCGAGUUUUACUCCGCUGCAUUUGUAAUAUUAUCAACCAGCCGGUUUAGCGUUGUGAUUUAAGGCUGGUCGUUAGAUGCGAUAUGCGCGGAUACCGGGUCACGCACUAUUCAAUUCGGUACAAGACUCCGCACCCUCCUGAAUGUAAUUACAAUCCUUGAGGCCGCUUGACAGUACUUCCGCGCUCGCGAUACCACAUACGAGAUAAAACAGGAAGAAACUGGGCCAGGAGUGGGCGUCGGCGUCUUAUCGUGAUACUCGCAGGAUUUAAGGAGCCUCCUGUAGCCCACGACAUCAGUAGUAAUUCGAUUGUAGCACGUCCCCGUCAUUGGCCGGACUUGCACGCGCGAGGUUUGCAACUAGUACGAUGGUACCGAGCCUGCCGUGGAGACAAAUUGUCGUUCUCGUCGCACUGUGGCGAUCCGCGUACUCGGAACGAUGGGAGAGCGGGCUGCGGCAGCGGUAUGACGGCUACGGAGAGGACUGGAUGUUCAUGCCGGACGGUAACGGGCAGCCUCAGGUAGCGGUACUGAAGGUCCAAGACAGCGGGACGAGAGGCGUGUUGGACGGCUCGGAGAUAUCUUACAUAAUUUAUACCCGCUCCGGCCCGGAAGCAGGCACGCGUAUGACCCUGAACGACACCGCGAAUCUCGUCAGUUCCGACUUCAAGCCAUCGCGCAAGACAAAAUUCAUCACGCACGGCUGGAAGUCGAGCGCCAUGAGCGCCGGUCCCGUUAAGUUGAAAGAAGCUUUCCUCACCCACGGUGACUACAACGUCAUCAUUGUGGACUGGGAACCGUUGGCCGCGAGUACCUUUUACCUGGGCCCGAUGCACAACACCGUAAGGGUCGGGGCCGACGCCGCUAACUUCAUCGACUUCUUGGUGCGGGAGGCCGGGCUGAAAACGAAAGACGUUCACUUUAUCGGUCAUUCCCUGGGGGCGCACGUGGCCGGGAACGCCGGCAGUGCGACGACUUCUGGAAAGCUGAGCCGAGUAACAGGUUUGGAUCCAGCGUUACCGGGUUUCCACAUGUUCGCCUCUGAGAAAACUCGGCUGGACCCUACGGACGCGGUAUUCGUCGACGUCAUACACUCCUGCGGAGGUGUGCUGGGCUUCUUUCAGCCGCUGGGCAAAAUCGACUUUUAUCCAAACGCCGGCACGGCGAUUCAGCCCGGGUGCUGCUGCGUCCCCGAGAUGAUGGAGGCAUGCAGCCACGGACGGUCGUACGCGUAUUUCACAGAGAGCAUCAACUCGAGAACAGGGUUGUUGGCCAUCAAAUGUGACAGUUGGGAUUCGUAUAUAGGCGGCAAAUGCGCCAAUUCGCAGACAGUUCUCCUGGGGGAGCACGUCGACAAGACCGCUAACGGCCUGUUCUUCCUCAGAACUAGAUCGAGUGCACCUUACGCAUACACGUCAGAAGUAGUCGAUAAUAAAAUUUGAAGAACAAUUUCCUCUUCCCCCUUCCCGAGUGUCGAGUCACGUA